UCAAUGUCACUUAAAUAUUUUUUGUCAAAAUGGCGUUUAGCUUCCCAGCUUUUUCUUAUAUUAUCGCUUUAAUAAUUGACGCUUUUCUCAUAUUUUUCUCUAUAUUCCAUGUUAUAGCAUUUGAUGAACUAAAGACUGAUUACAAAAACCCAAUAGAUCAGUGCAACAGUCUUAAUCCUCUGGUAUUACCGGAGUAUUUACUGCAUUUAUUUAUAAAUGUUCUAUUCCUGUUAUCGGGAGAAUGGUUUUCAUUGUUGAUAAACAUUCCUUUGAUCUUGUACCAUAUACACAGAUACUAUACAAGGCCCGUGAUGUCAGGGCCGGGUCUAUAUGAUCCUACAAGCAUUAUGAAUGCUGAUGUUUUAACAGUUUGCCAACGAGAAGGCUGGAUCAAGCUGGCAUUUUAUCUGUUGUCAUUCUUUUUAUAUCUUUAUGGAAUGAUUGUGGUGUUGAUUGCUGCAUAAAUUAUAUGAAGUUGUUAUCUCCAUUAAGUAAUUUAUUGUUAGAACUCUAUGGAUAAUACCAAUCAAGCGAACAAGUGGAAUGUUUCUUCUCAGUUUACCUCAGUGUGAUUGGACAGUAUUUUGAUAAUAAAGUUUCAUAUAAAUUAA